UUCCGAAGUGUUGAAUAUGCCACACUGUCAUUUUUUGACAGUGGGAGUCUCAUCUUGAUAAAAUUUUCAGUGUGCAACCUUCUUUAACAGCUAUCGCACUUGUUCGGUUUUCGUUGAAAAAAUGAGUGCCGGAGCAUAUGCAACAUUGAUAACUUACGACAAAUUGACUUUUCUUAUUUGUGUAACGCCGAAUCCCUUUUAUAUGCAGCAAUACGUAACUGAACUGAUGCAGUACAACACGAAAACGCUCGUAAAGACCAACGAGGGGAGUUACGAUUUAAUCCCUUUCAAUAACGUGGGAAUAAUGGUUAUAGAAUUAUUAUAUCCUGAUGGUAAUUUUCCAUCGAUGUUAGUAAUAGAGGACUGGCUUGAAAUUGUAGCAGAUCAUUUCGAAAAGUAUCCUACUUCAACUUUGGCUGUUCACUGUCGUUGCGGACUUGGACGUUCUGCUGUCCUUGUGGCGAUCGCUCUGAUGGAAAGCGGUUUAUCGCCAUUACUUGCCGUGGAAAUGAUUCGAAGUUUUAUUUCAGUAAACGACAGGGGGUUUUCAACAAAAAACAGAUUAAAAAAAUUUACGAGUACGACUCUAGAAACCGCCUUCUUGCAAUGCUAAAUUGGCCUAACAAUCAAGAUCAAGAAAUUAAAAAGGAGAAAUUAAUUUUUAAAAAAUGACGCCCGUAACGAUUUUUCCUCGGAUUUUUCUAUAUUAUUUUAUAUACAAGCAGUAUUAUUUGUUAUUUUGUUUUUAUUCUGAUUUACGAAUUGUGCGAAUGUGAUCAUU